CUGGGUGUAGUUUGUUUUAUACGACGGAAUAGAGAUGAAGAUGGAUAAGGAACAGGUGAAACCUAUCCCCAUCAAAUCCUGAACACACAGAGAAGGUGAGGAAGAAAGACACCGUUCCAAAUCCGUGCGCCACCACCAAACGAGGACGGUGACGACCACCUUUACCAUCUUCUUCGUGGAAUGGCUGCGUCAUCUUCAUCUGGCAAGGAGCUCUCACCUCCACCCGAGGCCAGGAGGUUCCUCCCGGGACCAUGGACCCACGAGGAGACCGCCAACCUCAUCGAUGCCUACAUGGAGAAAUGGCGUCUUCUCAAGAAGCGCCAACUCAAGGCCUCCCACUGGGAGGAGGUGGCGGAGGACGUACGCCUCCGCUGCGGCCUCUCCAACCUCUCCAAAACCUCCACACAGUGUCGUCACAAGAUGGAGAAGCUCCGCCAGCGGUACAAGGCCGAGAGGCAGAAGGGUUUCCCUGGCGGGUCUUCAUGGGUCUUCUUCGACAAGAUGGAUUUGAUGGAGAAUGGCCCCCUUACCGUCUUUAAGACGACGAAUGAGGGCUCGGAUACCACGGAGAACGGUGCCAACAACACCAGGAGCCUUCAUCUCUUGAUGAGCAAUGGCAGGUUCAGGCCUCCGGCAGAUGCCUGGGCCGGUCCGGCAGUCCGGCGGAAGGACGAAGACAUCUCCGUUGAGGCCGAUGCUGACGAGGGGGUUCUUCGGAGCUUAUCUUCUUCGAGGUCAGGGGUUAAGCAGGGAAACCCGAUUGGGGAGUUGACGGCGGCGAUCAAGUGUUUGGGGGAUGGGUUUAUGAAAUUGGAGCAUAGGAAGAUGGAGAUGAUGAGGGAGGUGGAGAGGAUGAGGAUGGAGAUGGAGAUGAACAGGACCAAGAUGAUAAUCGAGUCGCAGCAGCAGAUCGCGGACGUUUUCGCGGAUGCAGUCUAUGCGAGGAAGAAGCUCAAAAGAAUGUCCUCGCCGGAUUCCUGAGGUGGAUUUCGGAGUUGGGUUCGAUCUCUUUUGGGGUUUUGUCUUGCCUCUUGUUGAUUGGGCGGGGAAUUCUGUUGGGGAGGUGUUGGAUUAAGGUGAGAAGGCAGAGAAUGGCGCAUUUGCAGAACGCGAUCGAGGGAAAAUUGAUUUCUGGCAUGGGAAUUUUGGUGACAUCUUUGGCCGUUUCAGGGGUUUAUUUUGGUGAAGAAGAAGGUAUAGAAAUGUGGCAUUUGAAAUCAAUUCCAAUGAACCCUUUUCUGCUAUUGAUUUUGUGGUGCAGAGGACAAAAAUGCCUGAAAAUGGAUGUGAACUCCACACAAUGCAAGAUUUUGCACCCCCCGUUUGUUCUCCUGCAGUUUCUGAUUUUUCCUUCUAUGUAAAUUUCCAACUCUGGAAGGUAUUUUAAAUCAGCACUGCUAUGAUGUGAAAAUUUAUUCCCCGUUGAUAAAAUAUAAGAUGAUAAAUUCUGAGGCAUCUAGCAGUUUUGCUUUUAGUAGAUGCUGGAUCAUGAUACUGAUAAACAGUGUGAAGCUUCAAAUUUUCUUCUUGUUCAUAGCUUUUGAUGGUAAUCCUCCUAUAGCUUCUCAUCUGCAUCAUAUAUUUUUUGAAUUGGGAGUAAUAUUGGACAAGUUGAU